AUGCCUGGUGGAGACGAUGAUCUUGGUGGAGGUGACAGCGGUGAGUUUCUUUCUUUCUUUUUCUCUAUCUAUGUCCGUUUCUCUCUAUCUAUCUAUCUAUCUAUCUAUCUAUCUAUCCUUCUAUCUCUAUGUCCGUUCCUUUCUUUCUUUUUUUUCUUCCUAUCUAUCUAUGCCCGUUUUUAUCUAUCUAUCUAUCUAUCUAUCUAUCUAUCUAUCUAUCUAUCUAUGUCCGUUUCUAACUAUCUAUUUGUCUAUGGCUGUUUCUAUCUAUCUAUCUAUCUAUCUAUCUAUCUAUCUAUCAAUGUCCGUUUCUGUCUAUUUGUCUAUGGCUCUAUCUAUCUAUCUAUCUAUCUAUCUAUCUAUCUAUCUAUCUAUCUAUCUAUGUAUGUAUUUGGUCACAUCUAUGAAUUUAUGUAUCUAUUUCUUAGUAAUUUCCGGCCUUUCUGUGUUAAUAUCUAUCUAUCUAUCUAUCUAUCUAUCUAUCUAUCUAUCUGCUACGUUUCAUCUCCAUUUCUAAAAAAUAACUGCAAUUAA